CGUCGAGGGCUGCGGGCGGGCUGCAGGUGGCGCGGGCUGGCCACGCCUGGGUUCCAGGGCGUCCUGGAGCUGCGGGAAGCGGGCCGAGCGCGCAGGGCCUGGCUGUGGGGGUCGGGAGCACCCCAGUGGUGGGCCAAGAUCUAGGACCUGGGUGUGUCGAGUGAAUGCACCCUUUACUGUCAGAUACUUGAUUUGACUUUCCUGGAGUUUCUGCAAAGCCACUCCCUAGCUGGGUCCCUCGAGCAGUGCUUUGCGGGCGCUGCGGUCUUCGGGGCAGUUAGGCCGCUCGGCGCAGCAUUUACUCAGCAGAUGCUUGUGCUCGUCCUGACCCUCCAUUGCAUAGCCUGUUGUCCCAGCGGCCGGAGGGGAUCGUAGAGUGGCUUUCUCGGCCAACGCCAGGGCGUACUCAAGCUACCGCGAGCCUUUCAGUUCCCUUUCUUGGUGGAGGCCGGCACAGGGAAAUGAGGGCGAGCUGGUGGGUUCUGCUGCGGUGUCAGAGGCUUGAAUGCACGCUGCAGAGGGCUAACGGUUUCCAAGUUGGACGGGGGCAGGUGGCGGUCAGGUGCCUGUUGACGCUUUGCGAGGCUGAGCAGAGCAGGUAGCCCCAGUCCAGUCGGUGUAACUGGGCAGAGAAGGGCCUUGAAAAAGAAAGGGUCUCUGGGGGCUGCAGAGAUGGCCGUGGGCACAAGCUGACUGGUUCCACCGGUGCCCAGGCUUCCUUCCUGGGGAGGAGCUGGGCGCUUGUGUGCAGACAGUGGCGGGAGGACUCCAGUUGUCUGUCUGCCCGUCCGCAGCCCGUCUCCUGUUGAGAGUGGUGCCCUCGCGGUCCAGGGAUGUACAUGCAGGUGGAGUCACGCACCAGCUCCUGCCUCCAUCUGAAGAGGGCUCCAGGCAUCAGGUCCUGGUCUCUGCUUGUUGGAAUCUUGUCUAUUGGCCUGGCUGCCGCCUACUACAGUGGAGAUAGUCUGGGCUGGAAACUCUUCUACGUUACGGGCUGCCUGUUCGUGGCCGUGCAGAACCUGGAGGACUGGGAGGAAGCUGUCUUCAACAAGGGCACCGGGAAGGUUGUGCUGAAGACGUUCAGCUUGUAUAAGAAGCUGCUGACUCUUUUCCGAGCUGGUCACGACCAAGUGGUGGUCCUACUGAAUGACAUCCGGGACGUGAACGUGGAGGAGGAGAAGGUCCGCUAUUUCGGGAAGGGCUACGUGGUGGUGCUGCGGCUUGUGACGGGCUUUUCCCACCCUCUCACCCAGAGUGCCAUCAUGGGUCACCGCAGUGACGUGGAAGCCAUUGCCAAGCUUAUUGCAACCUUCCUGGAACUGCACCGCCUUGAGAGCCCCGUGGAGCUGUCUCAGAGCAGUGACAGUGAGGCUGAUGGUCCAGGGAGCCAGAGCUGACGCCUGCAGAGCCCCUGGCCUUGGUUCUGGUGGCACCCUCGUGGGCCUCCUGGGCCACCAGCAAGUCUUCCUCCAGCGCCUGGCUGUGUCCCUGGCAGCCCCGGGGUGGGACCCUCAGCCAUUCCUGCUGCUUGCUUCUGUCCUCUGAGGACGCCACAGGCUGGACUUUCUCUGCGGGCUUUGAGGUGUCCGGGGAGGGCAUGAGCCUCAGAUCUGCCUCUUCCUGGCAUCGGACGGCUCCAGCCUGGGCAGCGUGGAGACCGGGUCUCUGGAAUGGGAAGGAUGCCCAGGCUCCCCAGGGUGGGGAGGAAGGUUUGCCAGCACUGGCUCCCCCCGAGCUGUUCAACCCCCUGGUGCAGCAGGUGAGCACAGGGCCAGCAGCUGGAUCAGGCUCUGAGGAUGCCCAUGCUGGCGUGUUGUCCCCAGGAAUCCCAGUGCUCCCUACACACAACCUCCCUUCCCCGGCUGGAUGUCCUCAUUGGUUAGAGAGGUCCUUCCUUGCCCAGGGUCUGCAGGGCCCAGGGCAGAUGGCGAGGGUCCUGUCUGGCUGUGUGCACUGUGGCCACGCCUGAGACCUCCCCAGCCCACAGACAGCAGUCUCCACCCAGGAUCACGGCUGGGCUGUCACAGGGCAGAGAAGGCCUCAGCCUAGGCGAAGCCUGCUGGUCACGAGGAGGCUCUCUUGGCUUCACGGUGGGCCUAAGCCAGGGCAUCUCCCUUAAGAAUCAGGUCCUGGCUUCUUGAACCCAGGCAAGAGGUGGGCUGGGCCCACAGCUGCCCCUCAGUGGGGCCCAGGGCCGCAGGGCGGCAAGGGCACCUCUGAGCAGGCCCUCAGGAGGCUGUGUCUAGGAAUGGUCAGGACACAGAGCACUGCAGUGUCCCCAGGCCCUGGGUGAGUGAGGACCGUAGUUUCUAGGAAGCGAGAGAAACGAGACACUCCCUCUUCUCCAUGGUGGCCGCCAACUAGCCCUGAUUUGAGGACAUAGUCAUUUAUACAAGCCAAAGUUAGGUUUUUAAGUCAUUAAGUCUGAAAGCCUUUUUCUAAAAUAAAGUAUGAAACGUC